UCUCCUCCAUUCCCCAUUCUCUCCAGCAUAGCCAGCGCUCCCUGGUCAGGCCGCCCCCUCCCCUUCAUCACCACUGCCGGCGCUCCCUGGUCAGGCUGCCCUCCCCUUCGUCACCAGCGUGGCCGCUCUCUCACACCCCAUAGGUCAAAGGUUGAAUUUUUAUCCACCGCUGAUGGUGCUGCUGGGCGAGGAGGCGCUGGAUGCGCGUGCGCCGGCACUGGAUCCGCGUGCGCCGGCGCUGGAUCUGCUCCGUCUGGCUCCAACGACCUUACCCCGUGGCUCCGGGACAGGAAGGCUACCCCGACGACAUACAGCAACUGGACUCUAUGAACAGAGAGGAGGAUGAAGACACCCAGCCAUGGAUUUUUAGUAGCACUCACUCAAGGAAAAAGAGACCUCAACACGCCAAUGGAUGCAGCUAGCCUCCAACUCACCACGCACCUGCACCAACUUGAUGUAGGGAGAGGAUGAGUGAGGCUUCUCUCACGGGAUGACGCCCAGCCAUGGGGCAGCAGCAAUCCAAGCUAGUUAAUGUACCCUCAGCGGCCGUGCUUGAUAGGAGGGGCCAGGGAAGUGCUUUAGGUCGUUCCAAGAAUGUGAGACAGUGUCAAGUCUGUAAGGCAAGUCAAGGGGAUCCUGUGGCGGCAAGAUCCUUCAGCGGUGCAGGAGAUUAAGGGUUCCAUAAUCAAUUCCGCGCCUGUUGCUGUCCCCAGUUUCCAGCCAUGGCCAUGGCCUGUCGAGCUCUUUCAUCCUGCCCACUCCUUCCUCCUACCUCACAAAGGACAUAUCAAGAGUCCCAUCCUCCACAGCCAUGGCGUCUGAUGUUGGGCCCGCCGUGGCCUUGGUCUCGGUGGCCGAGGCAACGGCGAGUCAGCCGUGGCCGUGGCCUUGGCGGUCGUGGCAACGCUGAGCCAGCCGUGGCCAUGGCGCAACAUUAGCGCGGCGCACUACUUCCGGCUCUACGGAGGCUGGACCGUCAGGGAGACGACGAAUCAUUCAACCGCGAGCCAAGCAGCCCCAUGGUGGAAUCGGAUUUCGGUCUACGACCGCCAGUGAGGAUUGCCAACACGUACAUUGAGAUCGUAAAAUUACUACCUCAUGGUGGAUGGUCUGCAUAUCUUCUGGAUAAGUAUGCUGAAAAAGGGUGUUCAGACGUUUGCCCUUUCACAGGUAAUGGUGAGUUCUCCCCAGUGCCUGUGCAGAAGCCAGCAGUGGGUGUCCAGUUGCCUGCUGAGGUAGAUGAGAAGCAUCAUUCAGAGGGAGAUAAGGAGGACGCAGAGGGAGGUGCUGUCCAGGUGCCCGCCAAGGUAAAUGAGAAGCAUCAUUCAGAGGGAGACAAGGAGGAUGCAGAGGGAGGUGAGAAGCAGCCUGCAGAUGGAGACUAUGCUUGCUUUUUUCAUGAGAUCGGCAAAAAGGCAUAUGAUUUGCUGUACCAGGACUAUAACACAGGUCUGAAGAUGGUAUCCGACUCUAAGGUGCUUGACACCGCUGUUCUUCUGUCUGAUGGCUCUGAGCAAAUUGGAAAAGCAUCUUUAGGAUUUGAGUUGUCAUCUGAUACAAAGCUUAUCAAACUUACACUUGAUGAUGUGUUGAGGCCUGGUUUGAAGGGACUUCUGUCUAUUCCCGUCUCCUCCCAGAGCUCGUCGAAGGUGGACCUUCAGUAUCGUCAUCUUGGUGCUUGUAUAACUGCAAGUUCUGAGCUUCAGGGAUCGCCAAUUGUUUCAUUUUCUGCUGUGAUUGGCACGGAAAGCAUUGCUUUAGGUGCUGAUGUUUCGGUCAUCACAAAGUCCCUCGAUGCUUUGGGUGCGGUUGAUUCCCUUGAAACCAAGCUCCUGCGAUUUCCUAAGUACACCUGUGGUUUGGUUUUAUCGGAAGGAGAUGUGGGUGCUUCUUUCACAAUUGCUAGGGAAAAUGCCGACGUUCUCACAGCAACUUAUCAUCAGAAGUUAGAUGAGACGACGUCCAUCGCUGCCAAGGUGCAACAUGUUCUGUCUUCGAAUGACAACUCUCUGACAGUGGGCUUUUCUCAUGCUCUGGAUCCGAACACAACGGUGAAAGCGAAGCUUAGCAGUGAUGGAGCGGUGAGUGUCCUGCUCCGAUACGGCCCCAAGCCCAAGUGCUACGUCGCCUUCUCCGCUGACUCCAAUCCCAUGCGCCUCAAAAGGAUACCAAAUUUGGUCUGUGUGUCGCGCUAGGGGCGUGAGUGCCCUCACUAGUUUAGGUCCUUGAUUUUUUGGUAGUAGCAUGUGAUACAGUAUGUGCUGGUCGAUGAGUCGAAGUCUCAUGGGCUGCUAUUAUACUGGUGCAACUCUCAUGCUCUGCUUUCUGGUCUCUUAUGAUGUUGAAUUACCUGUACUGUUCAUCGGCUGAAUACUGCAAUUCAUCUUGGUCAGGCCAAGUUUUGUCAA